AUGAAAAAUACCAUAGGUCCAUCUUCAAAAUGUAUAUCAGCACCCUUGUCUACCCCAACCUCGUCUCAUCUUGCCCCCGUUGACCUCAUCUCACUGGACAAAUCUCCAAACAAGUCCUCACUUGGAGACAAUGUGAUAUCUGGACCUGUGGUUGAUCCUUCUCUGUUGCAAGAACAGGAGGACUUAGUGUUGCUGCAGGAUCCUUACAACAACCUGGACUUCAGUGGGUCUGCGGGAGUGAAUCAAUAUGGUGACUGGUUGAUGCACGCUAGUAACAGUGACCCAAAUCUCCCAUCUCCCCAUACAGUGAUAGACACGCCAAUCACUGCUUGGAGAAAGUCAAUGGUGCGCAAUGAAGACCCGCUCAUAUCCCCCACCUUCAAUCGUGUUCAACAACGAGGUUGGAACACAGUGGGUCCAUCAAUCAAAGCAGUCCCUCCUUUCCUACCUCGUUCAUUGUCGCCACUUCAUGCCACCACCUUCUUGCCCCACCCUUCUCCGCUCUUUAUGUUUCCUGGACUCAAGGAGGUCGACAUGAUGCCCACGCUCCAACAACGCAAUCCAUUACCGUUCAACCAGCCCAUGUUGAACUCAGGGCCACGCUCGCCUCCAUACCAAUCAAUUCUGUUACCUUUGCUGCCUGCUAUCACACCAUUAUCCUUGCUUGUAUCCACGGUCUCCAAGUCACCGCGUUCCGGGUCCAUUGAACAUCAACCUUCGCCGGCUUCUCACCAGCCAACACUUCCUGCAAUUGGAGGAGUUUCCACUGAUAAAACUCCUCCACAUAAUUCGGAGGCGAUGACGGUGUCCACUGACCAUCAAUCUUCACCAGCUUCUCGCCAGCCAUCGCCUCAUGCCAUUGUAGGCAUUUCUCAACCCAAUUUGGAGGUGGGGAAUGGUAUCUUCUUUACCUACCAUCUCUGCUGCCUCCAGCAGACGUUCGGGACGUGCACCACAACCUUCUACGCGAGCUGA